AUGGCGUGUUGCGACGACAUUGGCCAAGAGGUCAAGAAAUCAGAGCAGUGGACAUUCGUGGGGAAGGGCAAGGGGGCGUACGAGACUGUUUCUGACGUCGUGUUUGUGGGCAAUGGCAAAGGGAGCAUUAACAAGGAGCACGUCGUGGAGAAAGCAGGCUACCAAUGGAAGCCCGCUUGUGGAGUGGCGCUCUGCCUCAUUCUUGUGCUUCUGCUCGGGAUCUUCAUGAUCUUUGGAUUCCGCCGAGACACUCCGGGAGCAGAUGUUCCUGUCCCUGUGGCCAUGGCAGCACCGCAAGUGCCAAAGGACAUAAUCAUCAAGCACCACUAUAUCACUCAGAACAUGGACAAGGUGGUUGGAUAUCCUGUGCCAGGACCAGCUCAUGUGGUGUAUCACAAAGUGUAUGCACCGCACAAGCACUUUGACUGCUACACUGGGGAGAUGAACUACCGCUCUUGGACCCAGGAGCAUCAGAGCUGGUGCUGUUGGCAGCAGGGUGUUGCAUGCCCGACCAAGGUUGUGACCAAAGACAAGUAUGUGCCAGUGACAAAGACGGUGGGAGUAAAGGUGCCGAAAUACUCGUACGUGCCAGUGCCUGGACCAACCGCAAAGCCGCUGGUAGUGCACGUGAAGGUGCCCUCUGCGCCGCUUCCUCCUAAGAUUGUGAAAGAUCCUUACCCCGUGCAGGGAGCCAGGCCACCGGCGCAUAUCCACUACAAGUAUGUUCCCGUGACUCAUCAUGUCAAGGUGCCGAAGGUUGUGUACGACAGGAAGGUAGUUCCAGUUCCUGUGUCGGUCCCAAAGUAUGUCCCAAGGACAGUACAGGAGCCGCCAAAAGUCAUUUACAAGACUCACACGGUCUAUGACCAUCCAAGGGAAUACGACUGUGUGACGGGCUUCCACGACUACCACCACCUGUGGGGCUCCCUGCAUCGGGAGUACUGCUGCUGGAAGGUAGGCCGCGCCUGUCCCACAGACCAUGAGGAGGACCACACGCAUACAGUCACAAAGAUUAAGUACAUUGACGUGCCAGUGCCAUCUCCUCCGAAGGUUGUGAUCAGGCACCACAAGAAGAUCAUCAUGACACAUCAGCACGCCCAACGCCACUUCGAUUGCCACGCUGGCUUCUCCAACUGGUUUCAUGGUUGGUCCAGAGCGAAGAAGGGCUGGUGCUGUGCCCAUGAGAGCAGAGGAUGCCCGGGCACCUGGCAUGGAAGCAUGCAUGUCCAUACCACUGUCACAGUUCAUACUGAAGGUGGGCAUGCGACUGGCAAAAUCUACGACUGUGACGCUGGAUACUCUAACUGGUUGCAGGGGUGGUCCGACUCCAAAAAGUCUUGGUGCUGCCACCAUGAUCCUGAUCACAGGGGGUGCGUUGACUACCACUGCUUCCACGGGCAUCCAGACGACUGGUCUAGCCACAAAAGCGCAUGGUGUUGCAAGACCUUUCAGAGAGGCUGCCCUGCAACUACGCUUUCGCAUUUAGGCUGCCAGGCACCCUGCACAUACAAGGACAAGACAUCGCUUUGCAUUGACCGCAUCACCUGGGCAAUGGAUCACCAGUACCAAGGGAGAGGCAAUGCCUGCGCUCUGGCUUACAGCCAGGUGCAAGUGGAAUGUGAUAUUUGCAGAGCUUGUUCCAUCCAAGAGGCCGGCUGUGAAGUUCAUGUGGCAACCUCAGAGCCCUAUGAUUGCGAUGCCGCCCUCAACAACUUCUUCAGGGCAUGGUCUCCGCCCAAGAAGCAUUGGUGCUGCUCUGUCAAGGGCAAGGGCUGCGAAGGGGCGCAUCCUCCAGCCGUCGACCCAGGCUUUGGCAUGGUCUGGAAGCACGUUCAGGUGAGCGGUUACUGGACGUGGAUUGCUGUGAGUGGUGGUGGUGGGGCCAUGAGCCUUCCAUACGACUGCCAUGUUGGCCUUGCAAACUGGCAUGUUGGCUGGUCGGCUCCCAAGAAAGUCUGGUGUUGCGCACACCAGCACAUGGGCUGCGAAGGCGGAUCAGGCGGAGGAGGCGGAGGAGGCUACACCCAGACCCACACGAUCGUGACGACGCAUGUCGUGCACUCAGCCGGUGGUGGCGGCGCAGGAGCUGGCGGAGGUGGCAUUCCUCCAGGUGCAGCAGGGCAUGGCAUGAUGUGGCAGUGGUCAAACGAUGGAGGCCACUGGCACUGGGUACAGGUGCACCUGACAGGAGAUGCAAAGUACGACUGCCAUGCUGGCCUUGCCAAUUGGAAACUUGGCUGGUCUGACGGCAAGAAGAACUGGUGUUGCCACUUCAGAGGCAACCAGCCAUCGUGGAAAAUCUUUGCCGAGCAGGAGGCAGUGUCGUUCAAGACGCCAUUGAAGCCAUCAACGAUGGCUACAUUUUAUCCUGCGGCUGCAGUGGACGGCUCGUCCGUGACUGGCCCAAGCUAUCGGUACUUCCUUUCCAUCCCGCAGCGCCGCCGCGUGGUUCUAUCCUCAACACCAUUGAAUACGCGGCCCUGGCGUCCCACAGGCAUCACUCCGCUGGGUGCACCACGCGAUCGGCCCAAAGAGGACCUAAGAUGGCGACCUUGCAAGCCGUCGCCAGAGGAUCCGCCGCAGGACAAGCUGCAGCGGGCCCGACAAGCAGUGGGCGAGCAGUGCAUGAACUCCCGAGUGCCAGGAUACACUGGCUUCAUUCCUUCAGCUAAAGCAGAGGACAUUUAUGGUCGGACGCAAGCUGCAGUUGGCGCGGGUGCGCGGGAUGAGCAGUGGCAGUUGGAUGAGAAGAAGGCUGCUUUGAGGGAAGCCUUGGCAGCUUCGCAGAAGAAGCCGAAGCCCUUCCCAGAAGAUCGCUUCUCCGAACCUGCACCUGACCCACAUCCUCUGGGCAAGAGCAGAGCGGAUGUUGUGCGAGCCUACUGGGUGCCGACAAUACCCGGUUACAGCGGCUUUAUGCCAGGAAAGCACGCAGAAAACAUACACGGCGGUGGCAUCAUCCACACCUGCAAGAUGGCUGGGCGUGUCAUUGCUGAGCGUGCUCCGCAGCCCGAACAGCUGCCAGCAGUGACGCAGGAGGAUGACCUUCCACGAGAGCGAAUCCUCAAUUAUUUCCACAGUGAGAACCAGGCAGAUAGGCCCGAAUACAAGGCCGCGCAUGCUGCACGGCUCCGUGAACAUUGUAGCAAGCAGAUUCCUGGCUACAAAGGCCACGUACCCCGGCUUGAGGGCGACGCCAUCUUCGGGGCCACGGCGAAGGCUGCCAACCUGAUUGCUGCUGACCUGGUUGAGGAUCGGAUUUUCAAUCCGGCCAAUCACAUCAACAUGGUUUGCGCUCCACAAGCUCCUCCACCGCGCAAGCUGCGCAUCUGA